UCCGCCCAUGACCAGCAGGUGGCGGACAGAGGAGCCUGUGGAGUGGGCGGUGCCAGGAGUUGCAGGCUGCUGGCGCGGAGCAUGCCGGGGGUUGUAGUUUGCUGCGGAAGCAGGAAGUGCAGUGGCAGUGCUGGAUUGUGGUGGUGGCGAUGGGUCGGUGAUCGGAUUUGCCUGGGACCAGAUCAGAGGGUCUGGCUGACCACACCGAUGCCUUAUGAAUCCCUACACACUACUGGAAUGUAAAGAAUCUAUGAGCCCCUUGCGCAUCAGUGUGGGUGGCCUUCCCGUUCUGGCCUCCAUGACAAAGACUGCAGACCCCCGUUUCAGGCCACGCUGGCGUGCCAUCUUGCUCUUCGGGGUGGUCUUGGCGCUGCUCCUGUUGCUGCUAUGCUUCCACCGGUCUUCAUAUGCCCGCUCUCCAGUGCCCAACGCCCACAACUGGCGGGUGGUCCAAGCUCUAGCAGGAGAACUGUAUAACGACACCUACCCGCUCACCCCUCCCCAGAGGUUGCUGGACGGACUGCGCUACCAGAUCGCCAUCAUCGCCGACUUGGACACCGACUCUCGCAGCACCAAAGACAACACGUGGUUCAGCUACCUAAAGAAAGGCCACUUGACGCUGUAUGAUAGCGGCGACCGGGUGGCGGUGGAAUGGGACAAGGAGGACACUGUAGUAGAGACUCACUUGGCGGAGAAGGGACGUGGGAUGGAGCUCUCGGAGUUGAUCGUGUUCAAUGGGAAGUUGUACUCGGUGGAUGAUCGCACCGGGGUGGUCUACCGGCUGGAGGGGAGGAAGGCUGUGCCAUGGGUUAUACUUACAGAUGGUGAUGGCACAGUGGAUAAAGGUUUUAAAGCGGAAUGGUUGGCAGUAAAGGAUGAACUUCUGUACGUCGGUGGACUGGGGAAGGAGUGGACCACAACAGCGGGGGAGGUGCUGAACGAAUACCCGGAAUGGAUAAAGGUGGUCGGACCCCAUGGGGAUGUUCAUCACCAUAACUGGGUUCCCAAUUACAACUCUCUGCGAGAAGCUGCUGGGAUUCAGCCUCCAGGUUACUUGAUCCACGAGUCUGCUGCAUGGAGCGACUCUCUGCACAGCUGGUUCUUCUUGCCCCGUCGGGCCAGCAAAGAAAGGUACAGCGAGAAGGAGGACGAGCUGCGCGGUGCCAACAUCCUGUUGCGCUCCUCGGCCGACUUCUCAGACAUUACCCUCUCGCACGUGGGCCCCCAGAUGCCCACCCAUGGUUUCUCCUCCUUUAAGUUCAUCCCGGGCACAGAUGAUCAGAUCAUCGUGGCGCUCAAAUCGGAAGAGAAUAAUGGGCAAGUGGCCACCUUCAUCACCGUCUUCAUCCUGGACGGCCGGGUUCUCCUUCCCGAGACGAAGAUCGGGAACGUUAAAUAUGAAGGAAUCGAGUUUAUAUGAGAAGAGCGCACUCCAGACAAACUUGAAAACUCCACAUGAACUAACGGACAGAACAGACUACUUUUCCGGGGUUUUUAUUUUGUUUUUUUUUUAACCAUGUCCAUGCUUGAUGACACUAGACCGCCCCUCCGGGUACAGCUGUGUGGUUGUUGGUAGCCUACUGUUCUGGGAACACCAUGAUCCUUUAAAGCUGUGUUCUCAACUCCUCCCAUCGCAAUCGCUAGCAAGUCUUAAUUCUGCCCAUCGGUGAACAUUCAGAAGGAAGGGAGCAUGCCAAUAUCUGCCAAUAGCCUGCAGGCCUAGGAAAGUAAACCCGUACCAUGGGCAAAAUGACAGGUUCACUUGACUGCUGCCCUCCCCCGGCUGCAUACAGUUACCUUCCCUUCACCACCCCACCAAUGCAUAUGGCCACCAGGAGUGGUAGAAAAAUGUCUGAUAAUUCCAGAUAUGAGGAGUGUGUGACUCGCACUUUUUCCUUUUUCAUAGCAAUUGUGAUUGGCUGCUUAGACACCUCGUACUAUUACAUCGAGGAUGUGCUUGAAGUUCUCGGCGGCGCUUUCACAUGAGGGGGGGGGAAUCCUCAGCA